GCGGGGCCUCGCUCCCCCACUUUAAAGUGCGUGUGAACCUGGUCCUGCCGUCUAGUCUCUCUGUCCCGGUGCACGCGGGUUGACCACUCCUUUGGCCUUUUUCUGUUUCAUCCUUGGAUAUUUGGGGGGGAAAAGCUAAUCCACCAACAUGACUGACGCGCAACAAGAGGCCCGCUCCUACCUGAGCGAGGAGAUGCUGAUGGAGUUCAAAGCUGCCUUCGACAUGUUCGACACGGACGGCGGCGGUGACAUCAGCACCAAGGAGCUGGGUCAGGUGAUGAGGAUGUUGGGCCAGAACCCGACCAGAGAGGAGCUGGACGAGAUCAUCGAGGAGGUGGAUGAGGACGGCAGCGGCACCAUCGACUUCGAGGAGUUCCUGGUGAUGAUGGUGAGGCUCCUCAAGGAGGACCAGGCCGGCAAGAGCGAGGAGGAGCUGGCGGAGUGUUUCCGCGUCUUCGACAAGAACGCUGACGGCUACAUCGACAGGGAGGAGUUCGCUCUGAUCAUCCGCAGCUCCGGGGAAGCGGUCACAGAGGAGGAGAUCGAUGAACUGAUGAAGGACGGAGACAAGAACAGCGACGGCAUGCUGGACUACGACGAAUUCCUCAAGAUGAUGGAGAAUGUGCAGUAAAACAAGACAGACUCAAGGACAUUCCUCCUCCCCCUCCCAGAACCACCUUACCCCCCCCACCCCUCCGUCCAACCCUCCGUCCUCUCCGUCACUGCCUCUCUCCUCCAUCUCCAUCCUCAACACCCGCCGGCGGCCCCCCGCCCCGUCUAGCUGGCCGGCCGGCCCGCGACCCGCAGCGUAGACCAAUCCGUCCAAACUCGUCCCCCAACGGAGAAUAAACGAAGGAAGACGCGCUCACUCGCCGUCCGUCUGUGUCACCACCUUUUUCUUUUGAGGAACUCCAAUAAAAUCCCUUUGUUUCUUC